UACACACACUGACAGCUCGCCAGGCCUUGGAUCAGGGAACCCAGUUGUACAUCCUUAGAAAUUGAAAAACAGAACCAGUUGCUGGACUGCUUCAACCUCGCCGGAAAGUUUCUUCUGGCCACGUUCAUCGGGCUGGUUUCAACAUGAGCAGAACCAUUUGUAUUGUGGCACCACUCACCGGGAUGUUUGCUCCAGUUUCUUCAAAAGAAGGAUUCACUCAAGACUGUGGCCAGUGCUACCAGAUAGAGCUGAGUGUUGUGGUGGCGCUCAUCUCCUGUGACAUCCUGCUGACGGUCGUCAUGGCGCUGGCCGUCUACUGCCUGGUGUCACGCCAGAGGAGGAGGCCAUGUCUGCACACACAGCCCAGCGAUGCAGCAGGUAAAGGCAAACAGCUCAGCACAUCAAAAAGGGCAAAGAAGACAGAGGUCACAGAGUCACCCUAUCAGGAGUUGCAUGGCGUCCAGUCUGACGUAUACAGUGAUUUGAGACAGUAUCGAAAGAAAGACCCGCCUCAAUCAUCUGGGUGGUGAAACUGUUAAACAUUAUGAUGACUAUUCUCUUAAGAUAUUGCACUCUUAAUAUUUGUAACCUUGGUACAUUUGAAUGUUGCUAAAUUGAAUGGUUGACGUUCAACAGAGGCUAUUGGCUAUCCUUGCCUCUUUUGACAAUUAAACAGUAUUCACUUUCUCUACUUGGAGUGGCAAAUAGAGCACUAAAUUGUCUGUAUGAAGCUACCUUUGCAGUAUAGUCCUGUUUCAAUCUUUGAUAGUUGUUUACUCAACUUCUUUGUACAGCUUGUGUACAUUUUGUAAAUAGUAUGU